UCGUAUCAACUUGGAAUGCGCUUGGUGCUUGAAACAGAGGUGCUGCAACAACCCAAGCUGAGCGGACCGGCGGCCACCAGCGGUGGUGACUAUGAUUACCCCUAUGUCUGCGGACUGAGUCCGGCCAUGAAGCAGGUGGCCAAGGAGGAGCUGCACGAGGACGAGAAUAUCCGGCGGCAGGCGUUGGCCCAAUUUCGGGAGUGGAUCGACAAGCAUCCGCACAUCCGGAAGUGCCGCACGGACACCGUCUUCCUGCUGCGCUUCCUGCGGACCAAGAAGUUCUCUGUGCCAUCGGCCUGCGAGAUGCUCGAACGCUACCUGACCAUCCGCCAGCUGUUCCCGCACUGGUUCAAGCAGCUGGACAUCACCGAUCCGGCCAUCAACGAGAUCUUCGAGAACGGCUACCUGGUGCCGCUGCCGCAGCGCGACUCCACAGGGCGCCAGGUCAUCUUGUCCGUGGCCGCCAAGUUCGAUCCCUAUAAGUUCACUUCGGUGCAAAUGGCCCGUGUGCACAGCCUGAUCUGCGAGGCCCUCCUGGACGACGAGGACUCCCAGGUGGCCGGGUACGUGUACAUCAACGACGAGAGCGGCAUGAACAUGGGCUUCGUCAGCCUGUGGUCCCUGACCGACCUGCGCAGCAUCGUCAAAUGCAUCCAGAACUCGACGCCCAUGCGCCACAAGGAGACGCACUUCGUCAACAUUCCGCACUACGCCAAUCGGAUCAUCGAGCUGGGCGUUUCCAUGCUGAGCGAUAAGCUCAAGAAGCGAAUUAUUGUCCACAAAAAUGUUGACAUCUUGAAGACAAAGAUUGAUCCCGCUAUCCUGCCGAAGGAAUAUGGUGGCACCGUGCCCGUUGCUGAUAUGAUCGCCGAGUUUAAACAGAAGUUGCUCAAGCGCCGGGCAGCAAUCCUGGCUCUGGACGACAUGCAGAUCGAGAUCACCAAGGAUGCGGCCAAUUUCGCCGGAAACGAUAUUGGCGACAUCGAUGCCGGAGUCGUGGGCAGUUUUAGGAAACUGGAGGUGGACUAGACUCCUGUUU